AGUUUCAUUUACAGGGAAACGGUAACCUAGAAGGUGUUGUAUGUUCUUUCACACAAACACAGAGAUCAGAUACCGGACAGCAGCAGACUAACACAGGAUGAUGAAGAUGACAGGAAGAGUCCUGAUGUGUGUAGCUCUGCUCCUGCUCCUGUCCUCUGUGUCGGCUGUACAGAGACACCUCGAUUCAAUCAACGAUUUGAAGAAAAUCGACUUUGAUCAAUCUGUGCCCAAACACAGUCUUUUGUUGCUUCACUGGUUUGCCAACACAGUGGACUUAGAUAAUAACAAUAUAAUUUCCCUGACAUUUGAGCCAAACAGAGGAGCUUAUGGCUCACAUCAUUAUGGCAACUUUGAGGGAGUGUUGGAGCCACUGCCUCGAGGAAAUGUAUACCGGUACUUCACUAUUGGCCACCUCUAUCAAGAAACAUCCGUGCCACUUCCAGCUUAUGUUGUCCGUUCUCCAUCAGGGUAUGUGGGAAGAAACAGGGACCGGAUCAUAAUUCGUGUCAGAGAGCAGAACACAGGACUGCAAGAUUUGCAGAGGAUAGACCAAGUUUAUAUCACACAGCAUUAUGACACUUCUGAAAAUCUUGGUACAGCGUAUGAUCCAGAUCAUACCUACAGGAUCACUAUCAACCUCUUGAGACAGAUCAGAGAGUUUUCUGUGGGAGGAAACCAACAGCAACUGCUGCAACUCAGAAACCGCUUUGGAAGCAACGCUGAUGUUCCCCAAAUCCGAAACACAUGGGGUGAACUUGCUUUCCUUGGACUGCUGCUGUUUAUUGUGAUCCAGGAAAAGAACUCCUCUAACCAACAAAACAGCAGACCAAAAAACAGAAGAAUUCCUUUGGAUGAUAAUUCGGCCAGAGAGACCAAUGUUCCUAGAGGUUUUCGAAACCAAGAUGACGUUGUAUUGAACAUCAAUAACUAUGAAGACCGAAAUGCCAGCAGGACGACUUGGAACAGAGAAUCCCACUUUCACAAUACCUCAGUACCCCAGAACAACCGCCAGUGGUCGUUCUGUUGUAAAUGUUGUGUUUGUUGCAUUGUCACCAUAUGCUUAAUUGCAUUGGGUGCUGUAUUAUUGUUCUUGUUUAGAGAUAAGUUAAAAUGAGAGUGCAAUCAUAAAGAGUGUAAAUAUUAAAGUCUAAUGUAACAAUAAAGUGAAAAUAAGGAGUAAACCCCAAAUAGAAACGAUGCCAAAAUCAGGAUCGGGUGGGGUUGCAUAUAGACUACAAAACAGAUUGUUCAUGAUUAUGUCAAUGAAAUUGCAGUUAAUAUCCCACUGUGUCCUGUGAGUCAGUUGUGAUAUUAAUACAACUUUAUAAUUAUAAUUAUUAUUAUUGUUGUUAUUAUUAUUAUGCAUGUCACUGCUUAGUUUACCGUUUAUGUGUAUUGUAUAAACAUCUGGUCAAUUUGUUGUAUCAAAAGUAUUUGAACUGAGCGAAAUGUCUUGUUUUGUAUAUGAUAACGCACUGCUCUGGCAUGGACAUUAAGCAGCAGAGUCAUGCUCCAUGUAGAAUAUGAUAGUAUCAUCACUGAUGAUUCAUCCUGUGUCUGAUAGGGAUGAAGUGAGUGUAUAUUGCAUUGAUAAAUAAAUAAAAAGAAUGA